CCAUCGCCAUUUUGGACGGCAUUUCGCACGAGUCGGGAGGCUUGAUCCUAUUCCUUUAUUUAUCUAAAAUAUCUUCAUUUAAUUGAAGACUGGAUGUAUGAAAUGAACUGAAAAUGCCUACCUAUUUUCAAAAACCCGAAAACGCCCUUAAAAGGGCAGACGAAUUCAUCGAUGUUGGUAAGAAGCAGAGAGCUCUUGAUGCAUUGUAUGAUGUCAUCAAAAGUAAAAAGCACAGAACAUGGCAGAAAACUCACGAGCCCAUCAUGGAGAAGUACUUGGAGCUGUGUGUGGAAUUACGUAAAUCUCACAUAGCAAAAGAAGGACUUUACCAAUACAAAAAUAUUUGUCAGCAGGUCAACAUCAGCUCAUUAGUAGAAGUGGUUAAAAAUUAUAUUGCUUUGGCUGAAGAAAAAACUGAAGCUGCUAGAAAAGAGUCUCACCAAACUGUUGUAGAUAUUGAUGAUUUGGAUUUGCCUGAUUCACCAGAAAGCCUCUUAUUGAAAGCUGUGAGUGGUGAAGACCUUCAGGACCGUACUGAUCGUGCCAUUUUGACACCAUGGGUCAAGUUUUUAUGGGAAUCUUACAGGCAGUGUUUAGAUUUGUUGAGAAACAAUUCACGAGUGGAAAGACUCUAUCAGGACAUUGCACAGCAAGCUUUCAAAUUUUGUUUGAAAUAUUCAAGAAAGACUGAAUUCAGAAAAUUGUGUGACAAUUUGCGUACACACUUGGGCCACAUUCACAAGCAUCAGCACCAGCAAACAGCUAUCAAUUUGAAUAAUCCAGAAUCCCAGGCCAUGCAUCUAGAGACUCGCCUAGUUCAACUGGACAGUGCUAUAAGUAUGGAGCUAUGGCAGGAAGCUUUUAAAGCUGUGGAAGAUAUUCAUGGGCUGAUUACAUUAUCAAAAAAGCAGCCAAAACCAUCAUUGAUGGCCAAUUACUUUCAAAAGCUUGGGCUGGUGUUUUCUAAAUCAGGAAACCAUCUGUUUCAUGCAUGUACGUUGCAUCGCUUGUUUAACUUAUCUAGAGAGCAGCGGAAAAAUCUUUCACAAGAUGAACUUCAAAAAAUGGCUUCUAGAGUCUUAUGUGCAACCUUGGCCAUUCCAAUCCCACCUUCAAGAAAUGUGAUUGGAAAUCUUUUGGUCAUGGAUGAGAGUGCAGUUGAAAAGCAAAAAAAGUUGGCCACUUUACUGAUGCUUCAAACGCCCCCUACAAGACAAUCUUUGGUCAAGGAUCUGGUAAAGCAUGGUAGCAUUCAAUACGCCCAUGCAGAGCUACAAAAUUUGUAUCAGCAUCUUGAAGUGGAUUUUCAUCCUUUAAGCCUGUAUAAAAAAGUCAAACCAAUUGUGGAUUUUAUAGAGAGUAAUGAAGAUCUUGCUCAGUAUGUUCCCCAACUGGAAGAUAUUAUUAUUACUCGGGUUCUUAAACAGGUGGCUCAAGUAUACCAGCAAAUCAAGUUCAGUCGUUUUGCAUCACUUGUUCCAUUUGCUGCUGAGCAUAGACUAGAGGGUGUCAUUGUGGAUUCUGCUAAGACUUUAGAGCUUCAGGUGAGGAUUGAUCAUCGUACAAGAUCGUUGAGUUUUGGUACUGACUUGGGUGUAUCACAGAAAGAGGACAUCCCUGAAGGCCCAUAUAUUCAGAGUAUGCCCAGUGAGCAAAUUCGCAACCAGGUUAUUAACAUUGCUCAGGCACUAAAUCAAGCAAAAGAAAUCAUCGGACCAAAAGAAACCACUGUAGCUGAGGAAGAUGAAUUGAAAGCAAAUAUUUUAAAUGCAUACAGACUAACUGCCAAAAAAGAGCAUGCUCGAAUUCUUCAAAGAAGACAGAUCAUAGAGAAUCGAAAAGAACAGCUUGAACAAAAUCAAGAUCAGAGGGAGCGAGAAGAAUAUGAGCAGGCAGAGGAACAGAGGCGUAAAGCUUAUGAAGCUGAGAUGGCCAGGCUGGAAAGAGAGGCUGAAGAGCGUAACAAGCAACGUCAGCAAGAAGAACACGAGCAGAUAAAAAGACGACAUGUCAAAGAGCGUUUAGAAGAACUUCGAAAAACUCCACAUGGAUCCAAGAUAUUGCAAAAUAUUGAUGAAGAGGAAAUUGCUGAGCUUGAUGUUGACGAGAUUAUGGCUAAACAAGUUGAGCAACUGGAGAAGGAGAAAAAAGAGUUACAAGAAAGGCUAAAGGGACAAGAGAAAAAGGUAGACUAUUUGGCUCGAGCCAAACGCAUUGAAGAAAUUCCACUCCUUCAAGAGCAAUUUGAAGAAGAUCAAAAGGCUGGCAAGAAAUUCUGGGAGGAGCAAGAAAAAGACAGAAUUGAAGCUUUGAAGCAAGAAAGGACUUAUGCGCUAGAGACAAAGUCCCGUUUAAUUCAAAUGAAAGCUGACUUAGACAACUUCACAAGUACUCUUAAAAAAGCUAAAAAGUCUGAGUAUGAGGAUAAACUGAAAGAUUUUGAAAAACAAUUAACUGAGGAGAAGAGGAAGAGACUUCUGGAGCGUAAAGUAAAGCGCAAGGAAGAUCGUCGACUUAAAUGGAUUCAAGAAAAAGAAGAAGCUGCACAAAGAGCUAGAGAUGAAUUGCUCAAGAGAGAGCGUGAAGAAAAAGAACGCGAAGAGCAAGAAAAGAGAGAAGCUGAAGAGAGAAUCUAUUUAGAAAAGAAAGCUAAACUUGAUGAACAGUUAAGCAAGCAGAGAGCCAGAGAAAGAGAAAUAGAGGAAAAAGAAGCAAGACGUAGAGAGGAAGAGAAAAGGCAACUGGAUGUGCGCAAAGUUCCUGAAAGGGUGGCAGUGGUUAAAGACAAAGAAUUGGAUGCCGACUGGCGUGCUGAUGGUGCUGGUGGUGAUGAGCCUGAAUCUGAAAGUAAGGCAUGGAAACCUAAACGAGGGUGGAGAGAAAGGGAGCAAGAAAAAGAAAAUAGUUGGAGGGCUAGAAGGGAAGCAGGUGAAGAGGACCAUGGAGAAGACAUGGACGCAGAGAUAACAAAAGAGCCAGCUUUUGAGAGGGAGCCAAUAAAAGAAAGAGAUUUUAGAGAUUUGAGAGCUGCUCCAAGAGAUAAAGAAGACUUUAGAGCUGCUCCAAAAGAAGACUUUAGAGCUGCUCCUAGAGAUAGAGAAGACUUUAGAGGCAGAGACAGAGAAGACCGGGACAUUCGACCACUUCGAGAUGUUAAAGGUGGUAUUCCAAGGGAUGAUCACGAUCGCGAUUUUAGGGAUGCACCCAGAGAGCGUGACUUUAGGGCUACUGAUGGAGACAGAGGUGGACGAGAUUUUAGAGGUCCCAGAGAUGAUCGUGGCCCUCGGGAUGAUCGUGGCCCUCGGGAUGACCGCGGUCUCAGAGAUGACCGUGGUCCCAGAGAUGACCGUGGUCCCAGAGAUGAUCGUGGUCCCAGAGAUGAUCGUGGUCCCAGAGAUGACCGUGUUCCGAGAGAUGAUUGGAGAGGUGGAAGAUCAGAUGACAGAGACAGAAUCAGGCCAGAAGCUGAUAACUGGCGAUCUAGUCCAAGGGAGCCUCAAAGAGAUAGCUGGAGGGAUAGGCGUGAUGACAGAGCCCCACCCCCUGCCAGAGAUGAUUGGAGAGGAGAUAGGACACCAGCUAGAGAUGGACCACCUAGGCCAGGUGGGAGCUGGAGGAGUCGUGAAGAUGCUGCACCUCCUAGAGAUACUCCUAGAGAUAUCCCAAGAGAUAUCCCGAGAGAUAUUCCGAGAGAUAUUCCGAGAGAUAUCCCAAGAGAAGAGCCCAGGAGGAAUCUUGGAGACGCUGAAGGUAGUUGGAGGCGAGGUGGACCACCACAAGAUCGUGAAGAGAAGCGCUUUGAUCGAGAUGAUAAACGUGUAGGGUUCGACAGAGAUGAAAGAAAACUUGAUUUUUCAGACAGAAGGGGUCCUGUUCCUGAAAGAAGGCCCAUUAGAGAUGAUAGGCCACUUCGAGAUGAUAGGCCCCAGCAAGAUGAUAGAAGACCACCUCAUUUGGAUGAAAGGCGUGGUCCUCCACUAGAAAGAAAAGGGGAGAGAGAAGACAGUUGGAGAGGCAAACCAGCUGAUGGCCCACCUAGGGGAGGAGUUGAAAAGAGGGAAGUUAGAGAGCCCACCAAACAUGAAGAAGAUGAUGGCUGGACCACUGUUCGUUAUUAAAAAGUGCUUUGGUUUGGAUUUAAAAUGGGAAGUCUGGUUUUUUUUGUUUUGUUUUAAAAUUGUAUUUUAAAUGAUUUGAUUCUUGUCCACAUUCAGUAUAGUACUAUGUUGAAAGUGGUGUAGUAUUUGUUGCGUCUUGCUGUAUGUGGAGAUUAUUUGUGAUCAGUAUCCAUUGUUCUGAGGUUAUAGAUAAAAAGACAAUAUACAAAGAACCUCAUUUAAGUUAAUCUUGCUCGUCUCAUAGACAUUUGACAAACCUGUGUUAAAUUUUAAAUAAAAUUUCAACUCAAAUAAUGUCA